AUGCCCAGCGCCAUCAAACCCAUAGUUCUCCAUUUAGGAGAUCAAAUCAGGUACAAUCCAGGACGAUACAAAGAAUUGGAAAAGAUUGCCACAGUCGUGAGGCCACCCGUCGAAGAAAGACAGAGGAAAGCAUUCUUGGAGGCCCUGAAGGAGCAGCGAUGGGGCAACUUCUCAGCAAUCAUGCGACCCUUCUGGAACUCUGGAGGUGAGAUGGGUCGUUGGGACAAAGACCUAGUUUCGCUCCUACCUCCGUCCGUCAAAGUCUUUGCUUCAGCGGGUGCCGGAUAUGAUUGGGCAGACGUUGAUAUCCUGGCUCAAAAAGGAAUCUUCUACUGCAAUGGUGCAUCGGCAUCGACAGAGGCUGUGGCAGACAUGGCGCUCUACCACAUCAUAUCAGUCUUCCGUAACAUGCAAUGGACCAACACAGCAGCACGCAGUGGUGACGCAGAACAAUUUCUCGAUGCACAUCGGCACAACAGCGAGACAGCACACAACCCUGCAGGCCAUACACUCGGCAUCAUUGGUCUCGGUAACAUUGGCUACCGAAUAGCACAAAAGGCUCAUGCUGCUUUCGACAUGAAGAUAGCCUACGUCGAUCCUAUUCCCAAGUCAGCUGAGCAGGAAGCAACGGUCAAAGCUGUGAGAUACCCAGACCUGGACUCGAUGCUCGCCGUAGCAGAUUGCGUGGUCAUCUCCGCCCCAGGAGGUGCAGAAGGCGGCAAGGCACUCAUGGACGCCCCGCGCCUAGUGAAGAUGAAGGCGGGAUCUCGACUCGUCAACGUUGGGCGUGGAAAUUUGGUGGACGAGGAGGCUUUGGCUGAUGCGCUGAACUCAGGGCAUCUAUUCGCUGCUGGUCUCGAUGUGCACUCUAAUGAGCCACACGUCAACACCCGUCUGAUUUCUAUGCGGAAUGUGAGUCUUACAUGUCAUACCGCUGGCGGGGCCGUUGAGACAAGAAGUGGGUUUGAGGACUUGGCCAUCCGAAACGUCAUUGAGGUACUUCUCGGAAAAGAACCCUUGACACCGGUUAACAAACAUCUCCUCGGGUAG